AUGGCUUCCUGGCUGUCAAUUCCCAAGAACUCACCCUUCUCGCUGGCCAACAUCCCCUUUGGCAUCAUCUCCUCCACCAAAGCCCCCACGAGAGCAGCCGCCAUCGCCAUCGGUGACCAUGCUCUGAACCUGAGUGUCUUUGCCUCGUCGGGUGGUUUCUCCCAGCUACCAGCGAUUGAGCCUCAUCUCGGCGUCUUCUCGCAACCCACGUUGAACGCCUUUGCAGCACUGGGUCGUCCCGUGCAUCGCCAAGUUCGCGAGUACAUCCAGACUGUUUUCCGAGCCGACACCCCCUUCCCCCAAGUUCUCAAGGACAAUGCGGCCCUGCAGAAGGAGGCUCUGUUGCCCUUGACGGAGGUGACGAAUCACCUACCCAUGCAGAUCGGUGACUACACCGACUUCUACGCGGGUCUCAACCACGCCUACAACGUGGGCGUGCUCUUCCGAGGACCUGAAAAUGCGCUGCAGCCAAAUUACAAGCAUCUGCCUGUCGCGUAUCACAGCCGAGCAUCCUCUGUCGUCCCAUCCGGCACGCCUAUCCACCGUCCGAACGGGCAGAUCCUGGCCAACCCGGCUGCGAACCCCAAGGUUCCGACCUUCGCUCCCUGCAAGAGACUCGACAUCGAGCUGGAACUGGCAGCGUUUGUCUCCCGACCCAAUAACUUGGGCCAUCCGGUCCCCGUCCACGAAGCCGAAGAUCAUAUCUUCGGUCUUGUGCUUAUGAACGAUUGGUCCGCCCGCGACAUCCAAGCGUGGGAGUACGUCCCUCUUGGCCCGUUCAACGCAAAGAACUUCGCCACCACCAUCACCCCGUGGGUCAUCCUGAUUGAUGCCUUGGAACCCUUCCGGGCCACCGGUCUUGAGCCCGGAGACCGCGACUCUCUACUGCCGUAUCUGCGGGAGAAACGCGCCGCUAAUGCCUACGAUAUUCCUCUGGAAGUGGAGAUCACCAACGCCGGGGGCCAGCCCACGAUGGUGUCUCGAUCCAAUGCCAAGAAUCUCCUGUAUUCGUUCCCGCAAAUGCUGGCGCAUCACACCAUCACGGGGUGUAACAUGAACACGGGUGAUCUGCUGGGCAGCGGGACCAUUUCAGGAAAGGAGCCACAGACGGAGGGCAGUAUCCUGGAGCAGACAAACGGGAAGAAUCCGAUAAAAUUGGCGGAUGGCUCGGAGCGGAUCUUCUUAGAGGAUGGAGACACGGUGGUAUUAAGAGGAAUGGCAGGGACGGAGGGUAAUUACGUGGGAUUCGGGGACUGCACGGGGAAGAUUCUCCCGGCUGUGAAGUUGGAGUUUUAA